AUGGCGAACCCUCCGUCCUCCGACCCUUUCCUCGAAGUACAAACCGACGUACAGUCGACGCUCCAAAGCACGCGGCACCUGUUCUCCAGCUACCUCCGGAUCCGCACGCUGUCCACGUCCGCGAAGUCCCCGGAACUGCAGCAGUCGCGUGCGGAGCUGCGUUCAAAUCUCGAAACACUCACCGCAGACCUCGCGGAUCUGUUGGACAGCGUCACGGCCGUGGAGUCGGAUCCGUACCGCUUUGGGCUUGAUGUCGCCGAGGUGCAGCGACGGAGACAGUUUGUCAAGGAUGUGGGUGAUGAGGUGGAGGGCAUGAGGAGGGAGUUGGAAGGUGUUACAGCAGAUACACACGUCGCUGGGGGAGGAGUAUACCCUACGUCUACGACUCCCGCGCCCACCGGCGGCAGUGGCACCACAAAAGGACCAAAUGGGAGACUGCCGAAUCCGUCAUCCUUCGAAGAUGAUCAUGAUCAAGACGACGACGAUCCCUACGGGGCCUUCGAGGCUCAGCAGCAAGAGAUGAUGAUGCGCGAACAAGACGAACAGCUGGACGGCGUUUUCCAGAGUGUUGGGGUCUUGCGUGGCCAAGCAGAAGACAUGGGUCGCGAACUAGAGGAACAAGGGGCCCUGCUGGACGAGGUGGACACCCUGGCAGACCGGGUGGGAGGGAAGUUGAGUGUUGGGGUGAAGAAAGUGGGCGAGGUGAUUAGACGGAACGAAGAUAGUGUGAGUAGUUGCUGUAUUGGGGUGUUGAUUGUGGUUUUGGUGAUAUUGUUGAUUUUAGUAAUUGUCAUUUGA